AUGGGAGAAUGCCCUUAUUAUCAGACUGCUAGGGAAGAAUAUUGGCUACAAAUUGCUCUGCUCCAGAACCAGACUGAUUGUGCUAAUGUCUUCACAGGAGGACCAUGGGUUAUCAUGGAUCACUACCUUACUGUGAGACGCUGGGAACCUAACUUUAGACCAUCAAAAGCCUUUGAAACCACAACCGCAGUUUGGGUUCAGUUUCCUGGGCUUCUGAUUGAGUAUUAUCAAGAGAAAGUCCUUUUUGUGAUAGCUAAAGCUAUUGGUAAACCCCUUAAAAUCGAUUGGAACACUGCGAUGGCAACACGGGGAAAGUUUGCUCGAGUUUGUGUAGAGAUGGACCUCAGCAAACCGCUAAAGCCCAAAUUCUUAUUAGAGGGUAUGGUUUAUAACAUCGAAUAUGAAUCUUUGCAUUCUUUCUGCUUUCUCUGUGGCCGAAUUGACCACCGUAAGGAGGGUUGUCGUUUCAAAACCACCAGUGCUCCACCGGUGGUGGAAAAUAUGGCCGUUUUCGGUACUGAAAAAUCUGACCAUCCACCUGUGAUUGAUAACGGUCACCUACACCAGGAUCGUGAGGAAGAUGAAGAUUUUGGCCCAUGGAUGUUAGUGACUAAGCGUCCUAAGAGACCAGCCCAACAAAAAAGGGCCCAAAAUCCCACUAGCACAAUUACUAGCACUAAUCCCUUUUGGUAUUUGGAGGUGGGCCAAGAUGGGCUUGGAUCUGCUCAAAAGGAAAGGAUGACUGCUCAAAAUGCAGGGGAAAAGGCCCAAGGAGAACCCAACUUCUUAACUAGUCGAAUACAAAAUACAGACCCUAAAGGAAAGAACAAACAAGGGCUUCAGCAACACAGAGCUAAGGAGUUAGACACACGUAGCAAUCAGCAAGUAGUUUGGCAGAGAAUAGGGGAAAGUUCAACCUCACGCGCCAUUGCUCUGCAAGCGGAGGGCACUUCUCGUGAUCAAGCCAAGAUGACAACACAUAUCACUGCGAAUCAACUCUAA